AUGUUCACCGACGAAGAGCACCAGCGGUACCACUGGAUCAGGAAGCACAGCGGCCGGAUGAAUCUGGUGCGGGCGCACAACCGGAAAAUGAAGGGCGUGAGGGCGCAGCGAUAUGUCGGACUCAACGAUGACGACAACAACGAAAAGAAAGGCAAAGACCAUUGCUUCAAAUGCAAGGUCAACAAUAACAGCAACAGGUCGCGAUUCUCCACCCUCGUCCUCGACAGCACCAGCGACCGCUGGAUGGAGCAAUGGAACCGCUCCUUCCGCAUGCUGGAGAUCGAUCAGCUGCGCAGUCCCAUGUUCUUCCAUGUCGACCCCAGCGAUCGCGACGGCUUGCUGGCGUACACGCGAGAGAACGGCCGCGAAGGGGAGCUGUGCGAGUUGUCGGGGUGUGUAGGACAAGAGUUGAGUAAGCAUAAGAGGAAGAAGAUGCGAUCCAAGACACGCAGUACCCCCCGAGAAGUUGAGAUCGAUGAGCGCGACCGGAAGGACUAUUUCACGCCGUCAACGCAACUUUUCCUGGAUUACUGCUCGUCCAUCGUGACCCGUUACGGGCUGGACCGUCCCGGGCAGAUCCUGCAAUCGGAGGUCCAAGACAUCCAAUUCGGCGAGAUACCAGGCUUAUCGACAGACGGUAAGAAACUGUUCACACUAUCCACCUCCAAGGGGACCUUUUACAGUCGCGCUGUGGUCUUGGCCGUCGGUCCCGGCCAUGCGAAAAUGCUCCCCUGGGAACUGUCCCCAGAGGAGCAGAUGGGCGCCUGCCAUGCUCUUGAUAUUGGGACUUUCCCCAGCCCUCAUGUCUGGAAGAAGAUCAAGCAGGGUCUGGAGACGAAUGUGGUCGUCGUGGGCGGAGGACUGUCCUCGGCGCAGGUCGUCGACAUGGCUGUUCGGAAGGGGGUAACCAAAGUCUGGCAUCUUGUUCGCGGGGAUCUUAAGGUCAAGCACUUUGACGUCAGUCUGAACUGGGUAGGCAAGUUCCGCAACUAUGAAAAGGCCGUCUUCUGGUCUGCAGACGACGAUGCAGAACGAUUCCAAAUGCUCCAGACAGCCCGCAACGGCGGCAGCAUCACCCCCCGAUUCCAGAAAAUCCUCAAGCAGCAUAUCGCCCGCCAGCGACUCUCGAUCCACACGCGCACCGUCAUCACCGACAAGCACUUCGACCCCGUCUCCAAGACGUGGCGACUGACGACGAACCCGCCCAUCGCGGACCUGCCGCCGCGCAUCGACUACAUUUACUUCGCGACGGGCAUGAAGGCGGACGUGCGUGAACUGCCGCUGCUGCGGUCGAUGAAUCGCGACUACCCAAUCGAGGUCCUGCACGGCCUGCCCUGUCUGACGGACGACCUCAUGUGGAAGCCGGACGUGCCGCUCUUCGUGACAGGCCGGCUGGCAGCGCUGCGGUUGGGUCCUGCUGGGCCGAAUCUCGAGGGGGCGCGACUGGGAGCAGAACGAGUGGCAUGGGGGUUGGAUGCGAUGUUUGCAGAUGGCAGGAAGGAUGAUGGGAACCAGCCAGAGGAGCAGCUGCAAAACGCGUUUUGCGGGUUGGGGAAUCGAUACGCUGGGUUGACAGAGGUGUAA